CCCACGGGAGCGCGCCUGCUGUAGUCCCGCGGAGGCGCGCGGAAGGAAAGUGUUGUCGCGGUGUGUCGUUUAUUUUUCACCGUCGCCCGGAAACGUUAAAAAGUGACCGAGAGCUGUGGAGACCCGCGACAUGGACGGAAUGUUUCACCAGUGGGGAACUUCGCAGGUGCCUCAAGGUCCUCCACAUGUGGAGAUCAUCGAGCAGCCUAAAUCUCGAGGGAUGCGUUUCCGUUAUAAGUGUGAGGGUCGAUCGGCCGGCAGCAUCCCUGGAGAGAAGAGCAACGACACCACGAAAACGCACCCCGCCAUUAGGGUUCACAACUACAGUGGGCCGGUCAGAGUGCGGAUCUCCUUGGUAACCAAGAAUCAGCCGUAUAAGCCACACCCACACGAGCUGGUGGGAAAAGACUGUAAACAUGGCUACUAUGAGGCAGAUCUGCAGGAGCGCAGGAUACACAGUUUCCAGAAUCUGGGUAUUCAGUGUGUGAAGAAGAAGGAUGUGGGAGAAGCUGUUUCCUGCAGACUGCAGACGCAAAACAACCCAUUCAAGAUUCCUGACGCAAAGAUCUGGGAGGAGGAGUUCGACCUGAACGCGGUGCGUCUGUGUUUCCAGGUCUCCAUCACCCUGAGCAGCGGAGAUCUGUUCCCUCUGGAGCCCGUCGUCUCUCAGCCGAUAUACGACAACAGAGCUCCUAACACUGCUGAGCUGAAGAUCUGCCGUGUCAAUAGAAACUCCGGCAGCUGUCGAGGAGGAGACGAGAUUUUCCUGCUGUGUGAUAAAGUACAGAAAGAGGACAUUGAGGUGCGCUUCUUCCUGGACUCGUGGGAGAGUAAGGGCUCGUUCUCUCAGGCUGAUGUGCACCGGCAGGUGGCGAUAGUGUUCCGCACGCCGCCCUACUGCGACACUAACCUGACCGAGCCGCUGCGUGUCAAGAUGCAGCUGCGCAGACCAUCUGACCGCGAGGUCAGCGAGCCCAUGGACUUCCAGUACCUGCCCUCAGACCCGGAUGAGCACCGGCUGAUGGAGAAGCGCAAGAGAACUGAAGGAAUGCUGCAUAAUCUCAAGCUGAGCAGUAUCAUCACAGGGUCCUCGAUGUCUGCUGAAAGACGGCCAUUCCCUACGGCUAAACGAACUCUACCUGUCUCCAAACAGCCAGUGGCAGCCAGUGCACCAGCCAGUGUACCAGCAGUGUCCGCCGCUCCUCCACUGAAGCCUCCACCCACCUCCUUUUUCUCUCCGCCCCCCGGUCAGCUCUUCACCCAGCAAAAGAUGGAGCCCUCACCCUUGCCGGCAUCCUCCUCAGACAUCUGGAAGUAUCUGCAGGCCAUGUCAGUGGACAGCCAGCCCAAAGCGGUGCCGGUGCUGCCCUUUCCCAGUGGAACCGUUUCCACCGCUCUACCCACCUGCCUGACGCAGGCUUUCCCCACCGUGAACCUGUCGGAUCUGCAUGAUUGCACCAUCAAGAGCUCCACAAUCGCAGAGCCCGCCCCACUCAAAGACCCAGAACCAGCUCCAGAGGUGCAGAGUGCGUUCACCAUCAGGAUGAAUAACACAUUCCCGGAUGAAAACCUGCCGGAUUUCCCCAGCUUCUCAGAGUUGCAGGGCUCAGGCGACAGCAUCUCCAACGAGGACAUCCAGGCGAUCCUGGACCAGAGCACCCGACAGAAACUGCCCGAACCCUGCUGUGAGUUACCCAGCGCUGCAGACCUCUCCUGGAUGGGCUACCAUCCCAACUUCCCCGGUCUACACGGUAACGUGACCGCGCAGGAUAAUGGUGCCGGUGAGGCGGCGGCAGCUCCGUCUGUUCUGGACGAUCUGGUGGAGCUGACCUCAAUGGAAGACGACAGAUUCAUGUCUCUGUUCGAGAGCUGCGACAUGAGCACCUUCCACUUCUGACACAAACUCUCACACGGAGGAACGGUCAGUGGCCCUCUUAAAGAGACAGUACCCGCUACACACACACACACACACACACACACACACACACGUUUACUCUCCAUUUAGUCAUGUGGUUUGCAAAGGGGGAGGAGUUUUACUUUAGGUGAACACAAAAGAAGAUGUUUUGAAGAAUGUUGGAUAAGCCAUUGUGUUUAUUAGAUUAUGUACAGUGCCCAAAACAUUCUUAAAGAGACAGUACACGCUAAAUACACAUUUACCCUUCAUCUAGUCAUGUGGAUGCAGAGGGUGAACUCAAAAGAAGAUAUUUUGAAGAAUGUUGGAAAAGCCAUUGACAUCUAUAGUGUUUUCCCCCCUUUUUUUGUCUUACAAUCAUUCUUAAAGAGACAGUACACGCCAAGUACACAUUUACUCUUCAUUUAGUCAUGUGGAUGCAGAGGGUGAACUCAAAAGUAGAUGUUUUGAAGAAUGUUGGAAAGGUCGUUGAUAUCUAUAGUGUAUUUUUCUUAUUGUGAGCGGUCAGUGCUGCGGAUAUACAGUGCACAGACAUUCUUAAAGAGACAGUACACUCUGAAAUGACAAUAUACUCGUCAUUUAGUCAUGCGUUUUGCAGGAUUUUGGUUUUCUGUUGAACACAAAAGAAGAUGUUUUGAAGAAUGUUGGGAAAUGGAAUGUUUUUUAAACACACACAGUGCCCAAAUCGUCCUUAAAGAGACAGUACAUGUAAAAUGCACAUUUACUCUGUUUAGUCAGGUGGUUGCGACUGUUAAACGCAAAAGAAGAUGUUUUGAAGAAUGUUGGGAAAGCUGUUGGACACCCACAGUGUGUUUUCCUAUUGUGAACAAUCAGUGCUGAUAAUACACAGUGCCCAAAUCAUUCUUAAAGAGACGGUACACUCUAAAAUUACAACAUACUCAUUUAGUCAUGUGGUUGGCAGACAUUUAGGAUUUUGAUUUUGUGUUGAACACAAAGGAAGAUGUUUUGAAGAAUGUUGGAAAAGCCAUUGUGUGUUUCUGAUCAUAUACAGUGCCCCAAAUCAUUCUUAAAGAGACAGUACACGCUAACAUAGACAUUUACUCUUCAUUUCGUCAUGUGGUUUGCAGAUGUUGAACACAAAAGAAGAUACUUUGAAGAAUGUUGGAAAGGCCAUUGACAUCCGUAGUCUUUUCCCCCUUUUUUGUCUUGCAAUCAUUCUUAAAGAGACAGUACACGCUAUAAUACACAUUCAGUCUUCGUUUAGUGCUGUGCUUUGCAGAGAUUAAACACAAAAGCAGAUGUUUUGAAGAAUGUUGGAAAGGCCAUUGUGCCCAAAUCUUUCUCAAAGAUACUGCACACGCUAACAUA